AAAAAGAUAGAGAGUGUAUCUACGUAUUUAGAGAGAAGCAAUAGAGAAAGGGGGGAAAAGAUGGUAUGAUGGAGAAGAGAGCGAGAGAGAGAAGUUAUAUAAACUCUUGAAAAAGGAUUCGACUUGGAUAAGGAAAAAUAAAUAAAUAAAUAAAGGAACAAACAAUUAUAUAUCUGUAACUAAAGAAAUUCUCUUUAAUCAUGAAUAAUGAAAGUUAAACCUGUCUACAAUAAUCUCGUAAGUCAAAAGCAAAACAGCAAAACAGAAAACACCUUAUGUACAUUUAACCUUCUAUUUUCCCUAAUAUUAAGUUUUCAAUAAACGACAGAAAAAUAAACAGAACACAAAGAUACUUAUCUAGUUUUUCCAGAGAUGGGUAUUUCCAAGGCAGUGGAAGAUUCUAAACUUCUUUUCAAGCGAUGAUGAUACCAUGUACUGCUAAAUAGGAGACAUUGUUUAUGUUUUCGAUGUUCGUAAAGGCUCCUACUUCUUCUGUUUUCCCCUUCUUCCAGACGGUUUUUCUGUAAAUUUGUCUUGUUACUUUAACUCAAAAGUUAUUCAGACAGAUUUUUUUUUUCCUCUUUUUCUUUUUUGGUCGAAAAUCGAAGUUAUUUUAUGUUGGUGUAGGAAUUGUGGAAGGCAAUUUAGCACUGGAACAUUUUUUGUUUUCCGUAGUUCUUUGAUAUUUAUUGCUUUGACACAUUCUAUUCCGUUGUCUAUUAGCAUUAAUGGAUAUUGUCUUUUAAGUAGUACUUAUUUUAGUUCCUGGAGUCUUUUAUUGUGAGUUUCAAGGUUUGAGACAAUUGUGCAGAUUCUUCUUGCUAGAUUGAAGGGGGUAUUAUUCUUCGUGUGUUUGGAAUGGCAUGAGGAGAAUACUGUUACAAGCUUUCAUUGUUUUAUCAAAGAAUAUCAGAUGACAUUGGCAUAACAGAAGUUUUUGCUUGAGAAGCAUCAUCAAUAUCUAUCAUCUUUUAAAGACUAAAGGAAGACACUAGAGAAAAGUGAUUAUUUUGUUUUGAUAAAUAUAUUGUAAAUUGCUGUGAAACAUUUCUUGUAAUUGAAUGUGAAUGUCUGGAAAAUUAUUUUACUUUCUUAUUAAACAUGGAUUAUUAGGAAGUUUAUUGCAUCUUCUGAUCUCAUUGAUGAGAAUAUAGCAUCAGAAAGUUUUCAUAGGAUAAAUUAUAAAAACAAAAAAAGACAUAAUUUGUAGUGAGAUAAUAGAAAAUGAAUUGUGAGAACAAGGUUAAAUGUAAAAUACAAUCUAAAAAGAUUGGUUUACCUUAUGAUAUAAGGAAAGAGAAAAGGAAACCAUCAUACCAUUGUGAUAUCUGUGGUAAAUCAUUCUGUAGAGAAGGCAACUUUACUACUCACAAAAGCAUUCACACAGGAGAUGAGCCUUAUCAUUGUGAUAUAUGUGAUACAUCAUUCUCUCACAAAAUCCACUUAACAAAUCACAAGCACAUUCAGACUGGUGAAAAACCAUAUCACUGUGACAUCUGUGGGAAAUCAUUUUCUGAAAAGGGCCACUUAACUACACACAAACGUAUUCAUACAGGAGAGAAACCAUAUCACUGUGACAUUUGUGGUAAAUCUUUCUCUCAUGGAAUUACCUUAACUAAUCAUAAACGCAUUCAUACAGGAGAGAAACCAUAUCACUGUGAUAUUUGUGGUAAAUCAUUUUCUCGAAAUUAUCAUUUAACUACUCACAAACACAUUCAUACAGGAGAGAAGCCAUACCAUUGUGAUAUCUGUGGGAAAUUAUUCUCUCAAACAAGCCACUUAACCACUCAUAAACGUAUUCAUACAGGAGAAGAACCAUACCACUGUGAUAUCUGUGGUAAAUUAUUCUCACAAACAAGUCAUUUAACAACUCACAAACGUAUUCAUAGAGGGGAAAAGCCAUAUCAUUGUGAUAUCUGUGGAAAAUCAUUCUCUCGAAAUGAUUACUUAAUUACUCACAAACGAAUCCAUACAGGAGAAAAACCAUAUCGCUGUGAGAUUUGUGGUAAAUCAUUUUCUCAGAAUUGUGAGUUAACAUCUCACAAACGGAUUCAUACAGGAGAGAAGCCAUAUCAUUGUGAUAUCUGUGGUAAAUCAUUCUCUCAUGGACUUACCUUAACAACUCACAAACGCAUUCACACAGGAGAGAAGCCAUAUCACUGUGAUAUCUGUGGUAAAUCAUUCUCUCGAAAUCAUCAUUUGACUGAACACAAACGCAUUCAUACAGGAGAGAAGCCAUACCACUGUGAUAUCUGUGGUAAGUCAUUCUCCCGAAAUGAUCACUUAACUAAUCACAAACGCAUUCAUACUGGAGAGAAGCCUUGUCACUGUGAUGUCUGUGAUAAAUCAUUCUCUCAAAAAUGUCACUUAACUACACAUAUAUGUAUUCAUACAGUAGAGUAACUGUAUCUUUAUCAAAAAUACUUCUCUGAAAAAAUGUCUUCAAUCUACAUUGAUGAAAUACCUUGUCACUGUGAUAAUUUUUUGUAAAACCUUCCUUUCAGAAUAUAUGCAUGAUACUUUACAUAUAUUCUGGAUCAUAUAUACAUUCUUUCAUCAUAUACCAUGAGAAUUUUGUUAAGUAUAUAUCCCAUCAAAGAAUGCUUCUGCUGUUGGUUUAGAUUUAUGUAAUUUUAUCAUUUCUUUUAUUUAUGCAAAGUGGAUCAUAUAAUUUGUGAAUUAUCAUCAUCAAAAUGUACAUUCUACAUACUGGAAUGUGUUGAACCUGUCUAUUAUACAUAAUGUUACAUAUAAUAUGAAUCUUUUGUCAUCUUUUCUGUAAGACCUAGAAUCCUAACUUCUGAUCUCAUUACUCAUUGUAAAUAAUCCUUAAUAACUUGAAAUUGAAAUAAAGCUGGUUCAUUAUUAAAUUAUUCACUUAUCAUUUUAUACACAGAACUAGUCAAAAACUUGGGCAAUGUAUGAUAAAAGAUGCAAAUUUCUCCAAACUGGUCUUCACUAACUGUUAACUUUGAAACUGUAAUUUAAUAAUGUUAUUUGAUACUCAAUACCAGGUACCAAAGGUUAUGCAGUGAAUGAGAAAUAAACAAUAGGAUAACUUUGUACAUUAAAUAGUGGUGGUGAUGGACAUUGUAUACAUAAUGUAGUCAGUCUGUUGAGGUUAGCCAAGUAAAAAGCAUUCUAAGAAAAACAUAUUUCACAAUUCACUGAUACUGUUUAAAAUUACAUACAUGUAUAAAACUUACAUGUGUGAUAUUUUGUUAUUUAUGAUAUCUAGAACAAACAACACCAGCAUACAAGGUAUUGAAAUUUUUAUAAAGUGGUAUAACUAUUGAUGUCAAUCUUGUCUGCUGUUUUGGGGAAUAUUGCUGGAAAGCAAUGGCUCCCAAGCUUUUUCAGGCUGCUGCCCCCUUGACACCCAGGCCACAUUCCUAGCGCCCCAUCCCAACUAACCAUCACAAGCAUAGACCUCUUUCUGAAGCAAAUUCACAGCAACUGUAUUUUACAAAUAAAAUUUAACCUAACAAA